AUGAAGCUUCAAAUCGUCACCCGAAGCGGGCGCGCCGUCGUCGCCGGCGGCCUCGUCGUCCCGAACGACGCCAAAGUCAGCGACCUCAAGCGUUCGUUCCACGCGCUGAAGCGCAAGUUUUAUCCGUCUCGACAGCGAUUCACGACCGUUCCCGCACGAGGCGAGACCAGAGGCACGGCGCUCCGAGACGAUACGCUGUUGAGCGAGUACGGGCUGAACGACGGGGACACGAUCGUGUUCAAGGAUUUGGGACCGCAGGUGAGCUACAAGGCGGUGUUCUUCUUCGAAUACCUCGGACCGCUGUUGGCGUACCUGCCGUUUUAUUUCAUGCGCAAGGAGAUUUAUGGAGGGAUUUUUGGCAUCAAAAACGCCGGAAAACCGGUGCUGGAGGCGCAAACGCUGGCGAUGUACUUUCACACGGCGCACUAUGCGAAGCGCAUUUUGGAGACGUUCUUCGUACAUAAAUUCUCCCACGCCACGAUGCCCAUCUUUAAUCUCAUGCGGAAUUGUGGAUACUACUGGACAUUUGGGGCGUUUAUGUCGUAUUUCAUCAACCACCCGGCGUAUACGCCUGUGGGGAGGACGCAAAUGAUGGCGGGUUUCGCGUUUAGCGCCGUCAUGCAGUUGAGCAACUUACGAUGCCAUAUCAUACUCGCCAACUUGCGCAAGGAUGGAGCUAAGGGUUACGUUAUCCCGACUGGUUUCCUGUUUAACUAUGUCACGUGCGCGAACUACGCGACGGAGAUUUACCAAUGGCUUGGGUUCAACAUUGCGACGCAGAGCGUGAUGGGAUACACGUUCAUGUGCUGCGGCGCGGCGCAAAUGAUGCAGUGGGCCAUCGCCAAGCACAAGAGGUUGAGACAAUUGUUCGACGGCAAGGAUGGCAAGCCUAAGUUCCGCCGACCGUUUAUCUUGCUUCCGCCGUUCUUCUAG